GCCACUGUGCCGCUCAGCUGUCAAACAGUUUAAAAUUGAACUUGUCACUAAUCAGAGCAACAUCUGGGCAAAUUUGGCCCUUUUUACGCAAAUAAUCCUCAAAAAUCACAUUAGCCAACUAUUAAAACCAUGUCGGACGCAGAGGACGACUUCAUGUGCGAAGAUGAAGAAGAUUACGGUCUGGAGUACUCUGAAGACAGCAAUUCAGAACCAGAUGUUGAUUUAGAGAACCAAUAUUAUAACAGCAAAUCUCUGAAGGAAGAGGAACCUAAGGCCGCUUUAGCAUCUUUUCAGAAAGUUUUAGAUUUAGAGAGUGGCGAGAAGGGGGAAUGGGGGUUCAAAGCCCUCAAACAAAUGAUCAAAAUCAAUUUUAAACUGGGGAAUUUUGAAGAAAUGAUGAGCCGCUAUAAACAACUACUUACGUAUAUCAAAAGUGCGGUAACACGGAAUCACAGUGAAAAAUCGAUCAACUCGAUUCUGGACUACAUUUCUACAUCAAAAAAUAUGGAAUUGUUGCAAAACUUCUAUGAAACUACGCUGGAAGCUCUCAAGGAUGCUAAAAAUGACAGACUUUGGUUCAAGACCAACACAAAACUAGGAAAAUUGUAUUAUGAUCGGGGUGAUUUUAAUAAGUUGGCUAAGAUUCUCAAACAGCUGCACCAGUCGUGUCAGACCGACGACGGUGAAGAUGAUUUGAAAAAAGGAACUCAACUUCUUGAAAUUUAUGCCUUAGAAAUCCAAAUGUACACAGCACAAAAAAACAAUAAGAAACUGAAAACUUUAUAUGAGCAGUCUUUACAUAUUAAAUCAGCAAUACCUCACCCUCUUAUCAUGGGUGUUAUUAGAGAGUGUGGUGGCAAAAUGCACUUGAGAGAGGAUGAAUUUGAAAAAGCACACACGGACUUUUUCGAAGCGUUUAAAAAUUAUGACGAGUCUGGAAGUCCUAGAAGAACAACAUGUUUAAAGUACCUCGUACUGGCUAAUAUGUUGAUGAAGUCAGGGAUAAAUCCCUUUGACUCACAGGAGGCUAAACCAUAUAAAAAUGAUCCUGAAAUUUUAGCAAUGACUAAUUUAGUUAAUGCUUAUCAAACCAACGAUAUCAAUGAAUUUGAGUCAAUCUUAAAACAGAACAGACAGAAUAUCAUGGAUGAUCCGUUUAUUAGGGAACAUAUAGAAGAUCUACUUCGUAACAUUAGAACCCAAGUUUUAAUAAAACUAAUUAAGCCAUAUACUCGGAUCCAGAUUCCAUUUAUUUCAACUGAACUAAACAUUGAUGUUUCUGAAGUUGAGAAUCUUUUAGUUUCGUGCAUUUUAGAUAAUACUAUUGAGGGUCGUAUUGAUCAAGUCAAUCAAGUUCUUUUCCUGGAGAGAGCUGCUGUGAAUAUGGCUAGAUAUAACGCUUUGGAUCGAUGGACGAAUCAACUAAACACUCUCCACUUAUCAAUAAUUAACAAAAUGGCUUAACAAUUUCAUUUUUCGUUUGCCGUUUUAAGUUAGCUGAGUUCUUUCAUGUUUUUGACUUGUCUUGAAUUAAUUUUUCCAUUGUGAAAACUUUCAGUGAUUUUUUUACAUGCAUCAAUAAAAAAGAAAUGUUCUAGUUAUAAUUUGUAUAAAAUGUGAUACUUUUGUCAAUAUGCGGUAUCACUAGUUUGAAUUAGUUGUAUUUAUUAAUUUUCAAAAGGUGUACAUGCUUUCUCAAACCCGAUAGUGGCAACAGUUGUAAAUUUUUUUGUAUUGUGUAGAUUGUAAUUAAUUGAUUACAUUUGUCAUAACUUAAUAAAGACUUUGGUAAUUCAAAAA